AUGGGUUUUUUUUCAUCAAUUGGUAAUUUUCUUGGAUUUGGUAAACGUAAUGUGAAUAUUCUUGUUAUUGGUUUGGAUAAUUCAGGUAAAACAACAAUAUUAAAUCAUUUAAAAUCACAGGAGGUCCAAAGUAUGACAAUUGUUCCAACAGUUGGAUAUAAUGUUGAAAAAUUUACAAAUGCCAAUUUUACAUUUACAGCUUUUGAUAUGUCUGGACAAAGUAAAUAUAGAAAUCUUUGGGAGAAUUAUUAUAAAAAUGUUCAAGGAAUUAUUUUUGUUGUUGAUAGUGUUGAUCGCCUUCGUGUUGCCGUUGCCAGAGAUGAAUUAUGGAUUCUUUUAGAUCACAAAGAUGUUAUGCAUAAAAAGAUACCAAUUUUAAUAUUUUCUAAUAAAAUUGAUGAAAAAGAAGCAUUAACAUCAUCAGAAAUAUCACAAUCAUUAGGUCUAGAUUUGAUUAGAAGUAGAAAUUGGCAUAUAGAAUCAUGUUGUGGAUUAACAGGAGAUGGUUUAGAAGCAGGAAUUACAUGGUUAUCAACAAAUAUUUUAAAAUAUAUAGAAGAAAUUGAAACAAAAGGUGGACAUAUUUAG